UUCGCUGGGGAGCGCCCUCUCCGGUGACGUCAUCGUGAUCCACAUCCGCGGCAGCAGGAGGGGUGAGGCGCACCGCCGCUCAUCCACCGGUGUCAUGGCUUCCUCGAGCGAUUGAGAGGAAAACAAAGAUCUAUUUUUUUUUUAACUGUUGUUGAAUACACGGUUGAUUACUACUCCCCUUUUCCAGAGCUUGAUAUUUGGACAGAGGGGGGGCUCGGCCUACUCAUCCGCCGCCCCUGGGAUCCAGGAUCUACUUUAGUUUCUUUAUCCGUGAAUUUCCAUUCGGUAACGGUGGAAGAUGGCCGACCCGGCGGAGUGCACCAUCAAAGUGAUGUGCCGUUUCAGGCCCCUGAAUAGCUCCGAGGUGACCAGAGGCGACAGAUACAUUGCCAAGUUUCAAGGGGAGGACACCAUAGUUAUUGCGGGUAAACCCUACAUGUUUGACAGAGUCUUUCAGUCUAAUACGACACAAGAACAAGUCUACGAUGCUUGCGCCCAAAAAAUUGUUAAAGAUGUUCUCGAAGGCUACAAUGGAACGAUUUUUGCUUAUGGGCAGACGUCAUCUGGCAAAACACACACCAUGGAGGGGAAUCUCCAUGACACAGAUGCAAUGGGUAUCAUCCCCAGGAUAGUGCAGGAUAUAUUCAACUACAUCUAUGCCAUGGAUGAAAACCUGGAGUUUCAUAUCAAAGUUUCAUAUUUUGAAAUCUACCUUGACAAAAUCCGAGAUCUUUUGGAUGUGUCAAAGACCAAUUUAUCCGUGCACGAAGACAAAAACAGAGUACCCUAUGUCAAGGGCUGCACUGAGAGGUUUGUCUGCAGCCCAGAGGAAGUCAUGGAUACGAUUGAUGAAGGCAAAUCUAACCGACACGUAGCUGUCACAAACAUGAACGAGCACAGCUCCAGGAGUCACAGUAUCUUCCUGAUCAACGUCAAACAGGAAAACACUCAGACAGAGCAGAAGCUCAGUGGAAAACUCUACCUGGUGGAUCUUGCUGGUAGUGAAAAGGUCAGUAAAACUGGUGCAGAAGGAGCUGUGCUGGAUGAAGCCAAGAACAUCAACAAAUCUCUGUCAUCUCUGGGAAAUGUCAUCUCUGCCCUGGCUGAAGGAACGGCCUACAUCCCCUACCGAGACAGCAAGAUGACUCGUAUCCUUCAAGACUCACUGGGUGGCAACUGUCGAACCACCAUUGUUAUCUGCUGCUCGCCUUCCUCUUUCAAUGAGGCCGAAACCAAAUCCACCCUGAUGUUUGGACAAAGAGCAAAGACCAUCAAGAAUACUGUGACGGUGAAUAUCGAGCUGACGGCAGAGCAAUGGAAACAGAAGUAUGAGAGAGAGAAGGAGAAGAACAAGACUCUGAGGAACACCGUCACCUGGCUGGAGAAUGAGCUCAAUCGCUGGAGAAAUGGUGAGAGCGUGCCGGUGGAGGAGCAGUUUGACAAGGAGAAAGCCAACGCUGAGGUGUUGGCUCUGGACAACAUCCUCAACGACAAGCCAGCGUCUACACCCAACGUGCCGGGCGUUCGACUGACGGAUGUGGAGAAAGACAAGUGUGAGGCUGAGCUGGCCAAGCUGUACAAACAGCUGGAUGAUAAGGACGAUGAAAUCAACCAGCAGAGCCAGCUGGUUGAGAAGCUGAAGCAGCAGAUGCUGGAUCAGGAGGAGCUCCUAGCUUCCUCCCGGCGAGAUCACGAGAACCUCCAGGCCGAGCUGAACCGCCUUCAGGCAGAGAACGAGGCCUCCAAGGAGGAAGUGAAGGAGGUUCUGCAGGCCCUGGAGGAGCUGGCUGUCAACUAUGACCAGAAGAGCCAGGAGGUGGAGGACAAGACCAAGGAGUUUGAGUCCAUCAGUGAAGAGCUUAGCCAAAAAUCUUCCAUCUUAUCGUCUCUGGACUCUGAGCUCCAGAAGUUGAAGGAAAUGUCCAACCACCAGAAGAAGAGGGUGACAGAGAUGAUGUCAUCGCUGCUUAAAGACUUGGCUGAGAUUGGAUUCGCAGUGGGCAGCAAUGAUAUAAAGCAACACGAGAGCAGCAGCGGCCUGAUAGACGAGGAGUUCACGGUGGCGCGUCUUUACAUCAGCAAGCUGAAGUCGGAGGUGAAGACGAUGGUGAAACGCUGCAAGCAGCUGGAGAGCAUCCAGUCAGAAAGCAACAAGAAGAUGGAUGAGAACGAGAAAGAGCUGGCUGCCUGCCAACUGCGCAUCUCCCAGCAUGAGGCUAAAAUCAAGUCGCUGACUGAGUACCUUCAGAACGUGGAGCAUAAGAAGAGGCAGCUGGAGGAGAACGUGGACUCGCUCAAUGAGGAACUAGUAAAGCUUAGUGCUCAGGAAAAAGUUCAUGCGAUGGAGAAAGAAAAUGAGAUCCAAACUGCCAAUGAAGUCAAGGAAGCUGUGGAGAAGCAGAUCCACUCCCAUCGUGAAGCUCAUCAGAAGCAGAUCAGCAGCCUGAGAGACGAGCUGGACAACAAGGAGAAACUCAUCACUGAGCUGCAGGAUUUGAACCAGAAGAUCAUGCUGGAGCAGGAGAGGCUCCGAGUGGAGCACGAGAAGCUCCGAUCCACCGACCAGGAGAAGAGCCGCAAGCUGCACGAGCUCACGGUGAUGCAGGACAGGAGGGAGCAGGCCAGACAGGACCUGAAGGGGCUUGAAGAGACCGUGGCCAAAGAGCUACAAACUCUUCACAACCUGAGGAAACUCUUUGUCCAGGACCUGGCCACCAGAGUGAAAAAGAGUGCCGAGAUGGAUUCAGACGACACAGGAGGCAGCGCGGCACAAAAGCAGAAAAUAUCUUUUCUUGAGAACAAUCUUGAGCAGCUCACCAAGGUUCACAAACAGCUGGUUCGUGAUAAUGCAGACCUUCGCUGCGAGCUUCCUAAACUGGAAAAGCGUCUUCGUGCUACGGCUGAGCGGGUCAAGGCCCUGGAGUCUGCACUGAAGGAGGCGAAGGAGAACGCCGCUCGCGACCGCAAGCGCUACCAGCAGGAGGUGGACCGCAUCAAGGAGGCCGUCAGGGCCAAGAACAUGGCCCGGAGGGGGCACUCGGCGCAGAUCGCCAAACCCAUCCGACCCGGACAGCAGCCCGUGGCGUCGCCCACCCACCCCAACAUCAACCGCAGCGGAGGGGGUUUCUACCAGAACAGCCAGACGGUGUCGAUCAGGGGAGGGGGCAGCAAGCCUGACAAGAACUGAAGAGCAGCGGAAGCGGAGAACGACACCUCAGAAGAAGCCAACGUCACCCACUCUCCCACGCAGACGACCUGUCAUUCCACUACAGCCACCGGGCUCCUCGCCGCCGCCGCUCCGGAGCCAUGAAGGAGUUUCUGAAUAUAAAUAUAAAUGUGUAACUAUUCCCGGCCUGUACAGCUCCUGUCCCCUCCAAUCCACCCUUCUCCUCUCCUCGUUAUGAAUUAUCUCCUCUGGGAUAUAAUAACUAAAAAAAGCAGAUUAAUAUUCUCACAGAACCAAACGCAGUCUUGAGCGCAGCCUUUUGCGAAGCCGUAGCUUCGGUUCCGUUCUCGUUUUGCACAGUCUGUUGUCAUCCGUCGUCUUCGUGCGAGUAGCUCUGCACUGUGCCAAGCUGAAUGUAACGACAGCAAGAUCGGAAAAAUAAAUAAAUAAACAAAAUAUAUAUAUAUAAAUGAAAGUAAACACCUUAAACAGAAAGACCAAAAAAAAAAAAACAAAGCUUGACCCUAUAGUCUAACUUCUGUACAUUUCAUUACUAUUAUUGGUUGUUAACCACGUUUUUCUCUGAAUAGAUUUUACAGCUUCCUAAAGAAAAAACAGCCAAAAAAAAUCUGUACGGUUUGAAUUAGUAGAAGGUGUCGAGCACUGCGGUUCUGUCCCGUCUUCUUGUACAGAUGUAAAAUCGGCACUCAUGCACGUUUCUUUUGAAGAAAGCAGCAGAGAAGGGCCCGAAGAGAAGGAUGCAAACAAAACAAAAGUAAUUUACUGCGUACUGUACAUGUAUUUAACUAAACACUUGUGGAGGCCAGCUGGUUUUAUCUGUAGAGAUACUCGUUGCUAUGUCGCAACAACCGGACGACAAAACAAAUCAUGGGCGAGAAGCGAACUAGAUUUCUCAAACUAAUGGUUAAUGUGUCGUUAAAUUACCGUAUUUUUCGAACUAUAAGGCGUAUCGGCUUAUAAGGCAUUAAGCAAAACGAAACUGAUAGGUCGAACUUUAUUCAACUCGUUCACAAUAACCACAUAAAAUUGGUUUGAGGUCAGUAAGCAUA